AUGCAGCCAUGUUAUCGCAACGACAAACAGGGCCCAUACAACAAUUUCCAAGAAUCUGUAGAGACUCAAUCAAGAAAUAUAUGGGAAGAAGAUGGUGCAAGUGACAACGAAUCUAGCGUUAGACUUGCCAAUAACGAGAUUAUACGACAGCAUCAGAAACAAGGGUAUGUAGAUGGUCUCGCGGCACACCAAGAGACACUGCUACAGAUGGGAUUCGACGAUGCCUUCCCACACGGUGCUCAAUUGGGUAUUGACGUUGGUCGAAUACUAGCCAGGGCGAAAAUCAACCAAGAGAUAAAAGAGGUGGAUAGCAAGGAGGUGCAAAAUAACAAGGAUUUGUUCAAUGAAGCAAAGAGGGCACUACAUAUUACGAAUAUCUUGGAUCAACGCUUUUUCGAUACCGAAUUGAAUUUAUCGCAAAGUCACGAAUUGAUCAAGAAGUGGAAUAGUAAAACCACUCGAUGA